UUAAUCAGAAGCAGAAGCACCCUCCCUCCCUCGCUUUCUAAUUUUUCUGUUACGUUUACACCCAAAACCCUAACACCUCACCCCAUGGAUAGCCUACAAGCCACUUACAAAGACGAAGAAGAUGAAGAAGACGAUGCGCCACCAACAACCACCGCCACCUCCGCCGCCGUGGGCGGAGGAGGAGGAGGUACCGAUACCGAAUCAAUAGAUGUGCCUCCCGUCACCGCCAGCACACCCUCCGACACCCCUACCGAAGCCCAGAACGACCUCAGAUCAGAGCCUGACCCUUCCGAUGACCUCUCCGACGACGAAGCCGCAUCCGACGGCUCUGCGGAUGCGAAGAAGUCGUCGCCGAAAUCGAGCAGAGAAGAAGACGAAGACGAACCCCCUCCGAAGAAGCAGAAGCAACUUUCGUCUCUGACCGGAGGAGUGAAGGAGGAUUCGCCUGCAUUGAUCGACGGAAACAACAACAACGGAUCGAGCAAUGCCGCCGUUACUACGCCGAUGAACGGCGGAACGGGGUCGAAUUUGAAGAAAUCGAAGAAGAAGAACAACAAUGUGUGGGUGACGAAAUCGACGAGGAAAGGUAAGAAGAAGAGUAAGGGGAACAAUAACAACAACAACAACCACACGAAUGGGGAAGACACCGUUCUGAUAGCCCCUGUUCAGAGGUUCCCGGACAAGAGCGACGACACGCCGGAGAUGAAGAUUUGCUUGUCGAAGGUGUACAAAGCGGAGAAGGUGGAGUUGAGUGAGGACAGGAUGAGUGCAGGGAGCACCAAGGGUUAUAGAAUGGUGAGGUCAACGAGAGGGGUUUUGGAAGGAGCAUGGUACUUUGAGAUAAAGGUUGUCAAAUUGGGUGAGACUGGCCAUACUCGAUUGGGAUGGUCAACUGAGAAAGGUGAUUUGCAGGCACCGGUUGGUUAUGAUGGGAAUAGUUUUGGGUAUAGGGAUACUGAUGGGAGUAAGAUACACAAGGCUUUGAGAGAAAAGUAUGGAGAGGAAGGGUACAAGGAAGGUGAUGUUAUUGGCUUCUAUAUCAAUUUGCCCGAUGGAGACAAGUAUGCGCCCAAAGCACCACGUUUGGUCUGGUAUAAAAAUCAACGAUAUGUUCAUGCGCAAGAUGCUAAGGAAGAUCCACCCAAAGUAGUGCCUGGAAGUGAGAUGUCUUUCUUUAAGAAUGGUGUAUGCCAAGGUGUUGCUUUCAAGGAUCUUUACGGCGGUCGUUACUAUCCUGCUGCUUCAUUGUUUACUCUCCCUAAUGAACCAAACUGCACAGUCAAGUUCAACUUUGGUCCUGACUUUGAAUUCUUUCCUGAGGAUUUCAAUGAACGGCCAAUUCCCAGGCCAAUGAUUGAAGUUCCUUAUCAUGGUUUUGAUAAUCGAGUUGAAAAUGGAGAGUCUAAUGAGAAGAAAUCCUAGAAAGAGUGAUGUGGGUUGAUUUAUUAUUAAGUAUAUGUGCUGCACAGAUGGAAGAGUUCAUAUUCUGCUCUAAUUUUAGUUGGUAUUUAAUUUGACUCACAAAUGACUAGAUUAGUGUUGUAAACUUUAGAGAGAAGAGAAAUUUUCCAUGUGAAAUACAUAAAAUUUUCGCGAG